UCUUUUUAUUACAAAUCCCUCCCCCUUUCUCUCUCUCUCACACCAAAUCCACCCGUCUCUCUCUCUCUCUCUCUCUCUCUCUCUCUCAUGGCUUCAGCUCCAAAUACCUCGAGCCCAAGUCUGAACUACCACCAUCCAACCUCCAUUCACCGAUUUCCGAACCACCACAAAAUAACGUUGAGGCGGAGGAGACUGCCAAUGGUCCGACUUGGAGGGAAGAAACGCCGGCGAGGGUUCUUUCUGGUGAGACUUUUCCGGCGAGUGCGAGUGCGGUGGCUGAAGCUGAAGUACUCAUGCAUGCUGAAGAAACUCAAAGAGUACUAUCACUCAGUGGUGAAAGACAUAAUGGAAGCAGGUGGGACAAUAGAAGCGUUUCACCAGAGGAUUCUCUUGGAGACCUCCUUUGCUGUUCCUGUCUUGGGCAUUUCCUUCUCUAACUUUCCCAACUCCUAUGCUUAAUUCACAUGCAUCUCCUUUGAGUACUGGUAAUCAUGUCAAAUAGUUAAUUAGUACGUGUUCAUUUCUUUCUGUUUGUGGGUUAUUCGAAAAAAUUAAAAUAAGACAGCGUAAAAUUAAUUUCCUUUUGCUGGUU